AGCCUUAAAUAGGGUUAGGCUCAUCAACGAGAUUUUUAGACGAAUAUUUAAGUAAAAUUUACAUCUGUGUGCGUCAUGGUCAGUUUUACAACCAGCCAGCCAUGCAAAGUGACGAAACUUUACGCGGCGUCCCAAGCCUGGAAGUCAAAAAUGAGGGUUUUCUUUUUCAAUCUCGUAACACAAACCGUUUCUUAGCUACCAGGCAACGCUGAAGGACUGAGUGCAAGAUGGCGAAAAUAAGACAGUUUCAUCAGUAAAGCUGUAUCGUUAUAAGCAAUUUUAUUAGCGUGAAACAUUGCGUUUUCCCUUCCGCAGUCAGUAAUCCAUCUAAAGCGUUAAAGAUGGAGGAAGAAGACACAAUCCUGGCUUUGAUCAAGUACUACUGCUAUGAAAAGUACUUCAAUCAUGCAAUCAGUUCUGCCUCAGCUGCUCAAAGGAAAUACAGUAGCCCCAUCUACAUUUUCUUCCACGCAUAUGCAAGUCUUAUGCAAGGUGAAAUUCAGGAAGCCACGGCAGAACUGGACACAAUCAGAGAUGAUCGAGAUCUAUCUCUCUGCACAUUGAUGGCUCUUGUCUAUGCUGAGAAGAAAAAGCCAAACCCGGACAGAGACAUUAUUCAAGAACUUGAUGCUAAGGUCAAGGAGGAUCGUAAAAGUGCACCACCCAAGAGUCUUUACCACGCUGGGACCUUUCUCUGGCUGUUAGGCCGAAAUGACAAAGCAAGAGAGUACACUGAGCGAAUGAUCAAGCUCUCCAAUGGCUCAAGAGAGGGCAUAAUCCUAAAAGCCUGGAUAGAUGUUACGUCAGGGAAAGACACCUACAUCAGGAAGGCUGGGAAAUACUUUGAUGAGGCCCUGAAAGAAAGAGCAGAUGUUUUUGCCCUAAUGGGAAAGGCACAGUAUUAUGAAUGUCGUCAGAACUACUCUGGAGCACUAGAGAUGGUUAACCAAGUCAUAGUGAGUUUCUCCGGGUUCAUUCCAGCUCUCAUUAAGAAAAUGAAACUGCUACUAAGUCUUCAAGACUGGGAUCAAACCAUAGACGCUGCUCACAGGCUUUUACAGAAAGAUAAAAAUAACCUGGAGGCUCUGCGGAUGCUGGCACUUCACUCUUUAUGUAGAGAUGGAGAUAUUGCAGAGGCAGUUUUACAACUUUCUAACCUCAUCAACGGUUUAGACAUACUGGAACCAAACAACGCAGAGCUUUGCUACAGAAUGUCUGUCGCCUUCACCCGUGUUUGUGGACGCAGUGACAAAGUUAUUGAGCAGACAUUCCGAAUGGUGGAGAGGGCUUAUUCCAUGUCGUCGAGGGAUCCAGAUUUAGCCACGGAGUUGGGCUACCAGAUGGUGCUUCAAGGCAGAAUCAAAGAGGCCAUGAAGUGGUACAAGAUCGCCAUCACUAACAAGGAGAAAACUAGUGUUUCAGCUUUGACUGGUAUAGCUCGCUGUCAGGUAAUCGAGGGACUACUUGACGAUGCAGAACAGCAACUGGAAUUUCUCUCAGAGAUUCAACAAUCUAUUGGAAAAUCUGGGGAGCUUUUGUAUCUACAGGCUGUACUGGCAGGAAAAAAGCAUCAGCCCCAGGCAGAGGUGAUCAACCUUCUGAAUGAUGCAGUGGACACACACUUCUCCUCGCUGCAGGGCCUGCCUCUGGGAGUCGAGUAUCUGGAGAAGAUGAACCCAGACUUCCUGUUGGAGAUUGUCAAAGAGUAUCUUGCUCUUUGUCCUUCAAAGCCUCCUGCUGCUGGCCAGCCUCCUGCUCCUCAGCUGCAGCACUGUGCCACGUUGUUGGAUACUGUGGUUAAAAUUGUGCCAGGUCUCCUUCAUGCCGUCUUCUUGCUUGCCAAAGUCAGAUACCAGUCUGGUGACAUAGAUGGUGCUCAGAGCAGUCUUAACCACUGCCUGGAGCAGUGCCCCUCUCACGCAGAUGCUCAUCUACUAUUGGCCCAGAUUCAUCUUUUGCAGGGUAACAUGAUGCUUUGCAAUCAGUCACUUGAACUCUGCCUCAGCCAUAAUUUUGAGAUACGAGAUCACCCUUUGUACCACCUCAUCAAAGCUCAGGCUAAGAAGAAGACAGGGGAGCUUGGGGAGGCUAUUCAGACAUUGCAGAUGGCCAUGAGUCUUCCAGGCGUCCGUAGAGCUGGUUCCUCAUCCAACUCCAAGCACAAGAGGACAGAGCUGAACUCUGCUGACUGUGUGUCUCUCUUCUUGGAGCUAGCUGAGGCCCUGUGGCUCAAUGGAGAGCAGCAUGAAGCAGCAAAGGUCAUGCAGGAUGCCAUCAAUGAGUUUUCUGGAACUCCAGAGGAGCUGCGUGUCACUAUUGCUAACGCGGACCUGGCGCUGCUGCGUGGUGACACAGAGCUGGCUCUGAGUAUGCUAAGAAACAUUACACCUGAGCAGCCCUACUAUAUUUCAGCCAAAGAGAAAAUGGCAGAUAUAUAUUUGAAACACAGAAGAGAAAAACGACUUUAUGCAAGCUGCUAUAGAGAAAUGGUGGAGAAGCUUCCUAGUCCUCACACAUAUCUCCUACUCGGUGAUGCAUAUAUGAACAUUCAGGAGCCAGAGAAAGCCAUUGAAGUUUAUGAGCAAGCUCUGAAGAAAAACCCCAAAGAUGGUGCUUUAGCAAGCAAAAUUGGGAAAGCGUUGGUGAAGACUCACAACUACAUCAAGGCAAUUACUUAUUAUGAGGCAGCGCUAAAGACUGAGCAACAGAACUUCCUACGCUACGACUUGGCUGAGCUUCUGAUGAAGAUGAGGCAGCAUGAUCGCUGUGAGAGAGUUCUCAAUGACGCUUUGGCUCAUGAUCCAGUGAAUGAGCUGCCUGCUCUCUCAGAUACCUGUCAUUAUCUAGUGCUGCUAGCUAAGGUUCAAAUUAAAGGGGAAAAAAAUGAAGAAGCUUUACUUUCACUACAGAAAGCCCGAGAUGUACAAGCCAAAGUCCUGAAGCGCGUGCAGAUGGAGCAGCCCGAUGCUGUCCCGGCGCAGAAGCAACGUGCUGCAGAGAUCUGUGCUGAGAUCGCCAAACACUAUACAAGUCAGAGGGGCUAUGAGAGAGCGGUCAAAUUCUACAAAGAAGCUCUUGUGUAUUGUGAGACCGAUCGCAAGGUCAUGCUGGAAUUGGCACGGUUGUAUCUCACUCUGGACGAGGUGGAUUUAUGCCAGCACCAAUGCAGCGAGAUUUUGAAGAAUGACAAUUUCAACGAAGACGCAACUCUGAUGAUGGCGGACAUUAAUUUUAGAAAGCAGGAUUAUGAUCGGGCACUUAGUAAUUUUGAGCAACUCCUGACAUACAAACCAGACAACUACCCAACUCUAUCGCAUCUCAUUGACUUGUUGAGAAGAGCCGGCAAGUUGGAGAACAUCCCCAGUUUCCUUGAUAAGGCAGAAAAACAUUGUUCCAGAAUUAAAUUGGACCCAGGCUUCAACUAUUGCAAGGGGCUUUAUCUUUGGUACACAGGAGAACCUAUCGAUGCUCUGCUACAUUUCAAUAAGGCUCGGAAAGAUAACGACUGGGGUCAGAAUGCUGUAUAUAACAUGAUUGAAAUCUUGCUCAACCCAGACAACGACACAAUUGGAGGAGAAGUGUUUGAGAAUUUAGAUGGUGAAAUUGGCAACUCCACAGAAAAGCAAGAGUCUGAGCAGCUUGCUGUGAGAACAGCAGAGAAGCUUCUCAAGGAGAUAAAGCCUCAGACGCCGGGCGGACACGUACAGCUCCGCAUCCUGGAGAACUACUGCUUGCUGUCUACUAAACAGAAGGCCAAUGUAGAGAAGGCCCUCUGUGUUUUCACAGAGAUUGCAAACAAUGAGAAAGACCACGUUCCAGCUUUGCUGGCCAUGGCAACAGCAUACAUGAUGCUGAAACAAACUCCUCGAGCCAGGAACCAGCUCAAACGAAUAGCCAAGAUGAACUGGAACAUUGCUGACGCUGACGAGUUUGAGAAGAGCUGGCUGCUCCUGGCUGAUAUAUACAUCCACUCGGGGAAGUAUGACAUGGCCGCAGAUCUUCUAAAAAGAUGUCUCAAUCAUAACAAGUCAUGCUGCAAAGCUUAUGAGUAUCAGGGCUACAUAAUGGAAAAAGACCAGGCGUUCCGCGAUGCAGGUCUCAACUAUGAAAUGGCUUGGAAAUAUGGAAAUCAGAAAAAUCCAGCUAUUGGAUAUAAGCUUGCUUUUAACUACUUGAAAGCAAAGAGGUACGUUGAGGCCAUAGAUGUGUGUCAUAAGGUUCUCGCUGCUCAUCCAGAUUAUCCAAAAAUGAGGAAGGAAAUCCUGGACAAAGCUCGUGCUGCCUUGAGAUCAUAGAGUUGCAUGUUUUUGCGUGUGUGCCUGAGAAAGAUUGAAAAAGUUGCUUAUUGUGUUAAAAUGAAAAUGUAGUUAUUUUUCUCAGGCCUUUGAGCAGACCCUCAAACACAUGGUUUUAUAGAUUUUUCUGAGCAAAUGAAAAGUUGGUUUCUGACAGUUUAAAGAGAAAACAGAGGAGAGACUUUGGGGAAUAUGCACAGCUGAAAGCUUCUAGCAAUGAAACGACUAUAUAAAUGUUUUUGCAGAUUGAAAUGUAAAUCUUAGAAACAUUUACAUUUUACUAGUCCAUACUGACCCUCUGCUUUCCAGAGGUAUUUGUGAAAGAGACUAUCCAGUGAUAUGUUUUUGUUCUAUAAACAAAUGUAAACUGACAGUAAGAACAUCUGAUUAAUAAGGCAUACAUUUUCACUGUAGGAUUUUACUCAAAAAAAGUUUUGUUUUUAAAAAUGCAUUACUAAAUUAAAAAAGCUAAUUCUGCUUUUUAUGAAUUUGUGAAGCGUUUUCUUGCUUCAGCCCAGGCAAUUUCAAUUGAUAGGUGUAUUCUGAACUGCAAUCAGCUGAGUCAGGCGUUGUAAAGCAGGGAAACAUCUUAAACAUGUAGGGCAGUAUGCCUUGAGGGCCAGGGUUGGGAAAUACUGAUGUAGUGCAAUACCUACCUUCAAAAACAGUUCUGUUAUUGAGAUGGUCUGGGAUGCGUUGCUGCUUCAGGAUCUGAAAAACUUGCUGUGAUUGUUGGAGUCAUGGCCUGUGCUCCUGAAGGACGAUGUCCAGCCGUCAGUUUGCAGCCUGAAGCUUAAGCACACUUUGAUUGUGCAACAAAGCAAUUAUCCGACAAACACCAGCAAGUCAAUCUCUGUAUUCCUUAAACACGUGAAAGUAAUCUAGUCAGACUGACAUACACCCUAAUGUAUUAGUAUCUGUGGCAUGUCCUUAAUAUGCUAUCCAUACUGAAAAAACCCCACAAUGUUACUGAAAAUAAAUAAUUCAGCUAAAGAGUGACCCAAAAUUUCUCCACUAUGAUGCAGGCAUUAUCAGUUAUAAACUCUUGACACCAGUUGUAGCAAUUAAGGGUGUUUUAUGGAGCAAUUACUUUUUCACAGCAGGUCAGGAUUGUGUGUUUUACUAAAUAAUGUAAUCAUCCUUGCAAAACUGCAUUGUGUCCUUUUUGUAUUAUGUUGAAAUUGGUUUGAUGAUCUGAAACAUUUAUGUGUGGGGGAAAAAAAAGUAAUUCAAAGAACGAAAUCUGCCAAGGGGAUAUUCUUUGUCAGAGCACUUUCAAGUUUUUUCAUAAUACUGAUAAUCUGUUAUGUUUUUGUUGUUGUUUGUUUUUCUUUUUAUGUACCACUCCGAGAGUAUUGAUCCCCAAUCUGGGCAUCCUUCACAAAACUUUCUGAAGGCAGGCAUGGUGAUUGAUAACUGAACUUUUAAUUGUUUUAUGGGUGGAAGUAUGUUUCAGAAGAAUCCUUUUGAAACAUAGUUGUAGUUUUUUGCUACAGCAUUCUUUCUAUUUUAUGAACCUCCUAAACGAUGAUGAACAUACGGCACCUACAGACGUGACCCGCAGGACACAGUCAGCAUUUUAAUGGACAUAAUAUAUUGGCUUCCUGCCACGGGAAGCGAUGGGGGGGCACAGUCCACACAGAUGGAGUCACUGAGAGACAGACUCCAAAUUGGGCACCAGGGGAGGCUCAGCUCGGCUGGAGCCCGUUUCUCUGCUCCCUCAAUCAUCCAAAUCGUUUUGAGCUUUAUCCUUGGGACAUUUCAGAGAUUAGACAAGCGGUGAGUGUCAGCUUUCAUCACUUCUAUCAGAAAAAGAGAAAUAAAAAACUAAAGCCGC